AUGGUGAGCGCUUCAAUAGCUCGUAACGUUGUUGGCAUUAUAGGAAAUGUUAUAUCGUUCGGAUUAUUCUUCUCACCAGCUCCAACUUUUUAUAAAAUUAUAAAGAAUAAAGAUGUGGAGGAGUUCAAGCCUGAUCCAUACAUAGCCACAGUGCUGAACUGUGCAUUUUGGGUGUUUUAUGGAAUGCCUUUUGUGCAUCCAAAUAGUCUUUUGGUUGUUACCAUCAAUGGUGUUGGACUUGUUUUUGAGUUUGUGUAUCUCACCAUAUUUUAUGUAUAUGCCAACAACAAAGGAAGGAAGAAGUUGAUUCUUUAUUUAUUCAUUGAGGCUAUUUUCUUUGCUGCUAUUGUUCUUAUAACAAUGUUAACACUACAUGGCACUAAAAAUAGAUCUUUGGUGGUUGGUAUUAUUUGUGAUAUCUUUAAUAUAAUGAUGUAUGUCUCUCCUCUUACUGUCAUGGCAAAGGUUAUUAAAACUAAGAGUGUGAAAUACAUGCCAUUUUGGCUCUCUCUUGCUAACUUUCUUAAUGGAUUAUGCUGGACAACAUAUGCCUUGAUCCACCCCUUUGACAUUUAUGUUUUGAUCAGCAAUGGUGUUGGAGUAAUCUCUGGAUUUGUUCAACUUUUACUAUAUGCUAUUUUUUGGUGCAAGGGAGAAAAUAAUAAUGAUGAUGCUGAUAAUGCUUCAAAUCCAGCUGGAGUCUAA